AUGGUGCGCACCUCGAACACCCACCCCGUCAAGAAGAGCGUCCAAGUGCCCACGGACGAAUGGUUCCAGAAGAUGCGGAGACGGAUCCGCCAGCAGACGCGCAACCUUCGAGAAGGCCACAAGCUCCACCGGACCGUCCUCAAGAAACGCGCUUUGGAGCUGUUGCUCUGGGAGCAGGAGGCGAAGAGGAUGGCCGCGCAGAAGCAGCAGGAGCAGAAGAAAAAGGAAUCGCUCAGGGACCGGGCGCUCUCGAUUCUCGGCGACAAACUGGCCGACAUCGCGACGCCACAAUCGGCCGACGACUCGGAAUGA